GCCGGGAGUAAGGCGGAGCUGAAGGAGCUCAAGGAUGGGUGCACGAAUGGGGUGUGGCUGGUUUAGGAAGCCAGAGCAUAGGCGCAAUUUUUACCGAAUUGGAAUCGCGGGAAAAUAGAGGUGUUUGAAGAUCUCGCGAGAUUGAGUAACCUAGGCUAGCCAGAGUUAGGAGGUGUCUCGCGAUAGAUACAGCAAUAGUUCAGCAGGUGGGAGGGAAAUGUGAUAAGGAAUCUCGCGAGACCUGAAGGUACCGGGACAUCAGCAGCGGCCAGAAAGAGGAGAGGUUUGUAAACCCGUCGGCUCCAAAAGGAACCGGAAGUCCUUCUUCUUCAGCGUCCAAUGCUGGAUGUGGCCUGAGUUUCUUUACCGGAAACCCUUUUCCUGGACCUAGGAAGACGGCCCACUUAGCCGGAAGUUCCACCUCCUGGAGCUCCCCCACCCUUCCAGAAGUUUUUCUGUCAUCGGUGUUUACCUCCCUCCACUUUCCCCGUUUUAUCCCUGUACCAGGGAAGGAUACGUUUAGUGUCUCCCUCCUAGGUCCACUAAACGGGUUGGAUAUCCCACUCCCCGAGUCCGGAUUCCUUCCCCGCGUCCCCAUGUAGCUGGGAAGUGGGACCUGGGGGUGGUUGGACCCCUGGGAUCCUGGAGGGAUCCGCUUCUGCUCCUGCUACCAGGACGCGGCCUCAGCCUAUCCCCUCACGCUGCCAUGCACUCUGCGGCCUUCCCGCUUCCUGUAGUUGUGGCCACUGUGCUGUGGGGAGCGGCCCCCAUCCGGGGGCUCAUUCGAGCGACCUCAGACCAUAAUACCAGCAUGGACUUUGCAGAUCUCCCAGCUCUCUUUGGAAGUGCCUUGAGCCAGGAAGGACUUCAGGGCUUUCUUGUGGAGGCACACCCAGCCAAUGCCUGCAGCCCCAUUGCCCCACCACCCCCAGGCCCGGUCAACGGGUCCGUCUUUAUUGCACUGCUUCGAAGAUUCGACUGCAGCUUUGACCUCAAGGUCCUAAAUGCUCAGAAGGCUGGGUAUGGUGCAGCUGUGGUACACAAUGUGAAUUCCAACGAACUUCUGAACAUGGUGUGGAAUAGUGAGGAAAUUCAGCAGCAGAUCUGGAUCCCGUCUGUGUUUAUUGGGGAGAGGAGCUCCGAGUACCUGCGUAACCUUUUUGUCUACGAGAAGGGGGCUCGGGUGCUUCUGGUCCCGGACAGUAGCUUCCCACUGGGUUAUUACCUCAUCCCUUUCACAGGGAUUGUGGGACUGCUGGUUUUGGCCAUGGGAGCAGUGAUGAUAGUUCGUUGUAUCCAGCACCGGAAACGUCUCCAGAGGAAUCGACUGACCAAAGAGCAACUGAAGCAGAUUCCAACACAUGACUAUCAGAAGGGAGACCAGUAUGAUGUCUGUGCCAUCUGCCUAGAUGAGUACGUGGAUGGUGACAAGCUGAGGGUACUUCCCUGUGCGCAUGCCUAUCACAGCCGCUGUGUGGACCCCUGGCUCACUCAAACUCGGAAGACUUGCCCCAUCUGCAAACAGCCUGUCCAUCGAGGUCCCGGAGAUGAGGAGCAGGAGGAAGAAACUCAGGGGCAAGAUGGUGAUGAGGAAGGGGAACCAAGGGACCAUCAUGCCUCAGAACGGACCCCACUUCUGGGCUCCAGCCCCACAAUUCCCACCUCUUUUGGCUCCCUAGCCCCAUCCCCCCUUGUUUAUCCUGAGUCUUCAACAGAUCCCCCACCCUCUCUUCCCUCUUCAUCUUCAGCUGCCAUUCCAGUCUAAUUGUUCCCCUUAUCACCCCCACCCCUGGUGAUCUAUUUUGCACAGCCUCAUUCUCACUUGUAGCCUUCUAUGUUGAGGGAUAGGGCCUAUUUCUACCCUGGGUUUUUCCCUUAUCCAACCCCAUCCUUUUGAAGGGGGUUGGUGCAGAGGGACUGGGUUAAUAAAAUUGUUUUUGUCGACUAAGGAAGGGGAGAUCAUUCUCACACAGGUGAAUAAUCUCUUGCCCAUUUGGGAAAGUGUCCCUUUUGGUGUAAAGGGGCAGGGGAGUUCUGGGAGAGACUAACCUAGUCAUGGGGAUGGCCCCAGCAGGCAUUUGUUGUGAGUCAGAGAGGGGGAGGCCCACCCACAGGAUGACUCAACUGGCCCUGCCUUGCCCACAGGCUGGGUCCCAUUCUCUGGUCUGGAUGGCUCUAUUCCAUUACCCACUAAUUCAACUAGCACACUGAGGACCUAGUGCUAGAAACAAAGCCAACCACAUAGGCCUGAGGCAGGUGCUAAGUCCUGGAUAUGGAAAAGCAAGCUUCAACCCCUCUUGCUCCUAACCCCAAGCAAGGAUAAGAGGCAAGUCCUAGUGACUGUCCUCCAUCCUGACAGCCAGGCUAAGACCACACAGCACCUUGUUAGUAGAAUCUU